AUGGAGAGACGUAACAUCAGGAGUGCCGCAGGGAUCCGUUAUCCGUUAUCUCUCCAUGUUGACUUUGAUCCAUCAACAACAACUGCCUGCUUCCGAUCAGCGAGGAGUUGGCCCGGGCGAACUCUGCUUUUGCUGUACAUCAAUGACAUCCUACAUAACGUACAAUCAACGAUGCGUCUCUUCGCAGAUGACGGUGUCAUUUACCACGAGAUCAAGCAUUGUGUCGACCAACAAAUCCUCCAAAAUGAUCUCCAACAACUGUCUAGUUGUGGCAAACCCCCAGAUAUCCCAAACGCAUCCGAGCCUGGCAUCACGCAUGCACAUCUUGGUGAUCAGUACACGUAUGAAUGCCUUCAAGGGUAUAGCCCCUCUCUGGAUGGUACCUUAACUAUUGUAUGCGAAAGGGACGAAAAUAAUAAUUACAGCUGGACUUCUGUGACGGGGAGAUGCGACAGGGAUAAAUGUGCCACGCCCCCACCUAUCAACUUAGCAGUCUCGCCUCCCAACGUCGAAUAUCAUGUUGGAGAUACGUACAUGUAUCAGUGCGCUCCUCUGUUUGGCCCCUCUUCGGAAGGUUCCUUGGUUAUUUCCUGUGUUACUGACCAUGACACAGGAGCUGCAAUAUGGACUGAUGUGACGGGGAGCUGUGUCCAACCUUGUACUGCCCCGUGCAAUAAUGAAGGGACUUGUGAGGAGGGUUCUUGCAUUUGCCCUGACGGAUUUGGAGGUCCUACAUGUGAGGAAGAAUAUACAUCAGUAACGUGUGAAAGUGACUCGAUGACUGUCGUUUUGAAUAAAGAUCUUUUCGAUGGCAUUGCCCUGGCAGAUGUUAAUUUUCAUGACCAUUCCUGCGAAUCUGAACCUGACGUUGAUGAUGAUCAUGUGACUCUUUCUACGGGCUAUGAUAAGUGUGGUACAACCAAAGAGGAAGAUGACACAACCAUUACAUUCUCGAAUACUAUCACUUAUUACUUGCCUGAGGCUAUACCUAAUUCUGAAAUCACCCGUGAAUACCAGAAGCAGCUAGAGGUUUCAUGCUGUCUUGACAAGACUUCUCAAGUGGACCAAUCGUUCACACCGAAGCUCGGUAAAAUAAAGUUUAGCGACAAGGGAUCCGGUCACUUCCAUCUGGACAUCACAAGGUUCACAAACGAUUACUUUUAUGAGCCAGCACAUGACAACGAUGAGGUCUCUCAAGACAAUCCGCUUUACUUUCAAGUCCAACUUGACUCAGUAGACGAAGUUGGUAUGUUUAUCGAACGAUGCUGGGCGACAGCCGGCGCUGGUCAUGAUUCUAAUCCAAGGCAUGACCUGUUCACUGAGAGGUGCACUUUUGAUGAUGACACGGUUCAAGUCUCUUUUCCAGGCAACGGACAUCUAGAAAACUUUUGGUUUAACUCAUUUGCCUUUGUUGGAGAUCAUGACAUGGUAUAUAUUCACUGUGAAGUGAUGGUGUGUGAGACUAAGGAGGCCGGUCUCAAACGAAAAUGCCCUGGUGAUUCCUCAGAUCGCAAACGUCGAUCUUCUUCUUUCCUUUCCACUCAAACGAUCAGCAGUGCUCCGAUCCGCGUUCGCCGCUCAACCAACGAUAUGGCUACUAAUGAUCUGUCUGCCUACAAUUCGUUUGGAGUGUUCAUCAUUGGAAUGGUCGCAACCAUGGUUGCUAUAACAAUCCUGAUGGGCGUGGUCAAGCUAGUUGGUCGUCCAACCGGCAACAGCUUCAAGCGAGUCCCAACUGCAUCCAUGGAAGGGAUUUAGAAGUGAUUAAUGACCAGAGUGGAAUCAAUAUUUGGAGUGACGUCGCGCGGAUUAGUACGCUACUUUACAGCCUUGUCAAGGAUCAAGUAUUAAUAUUUCCAAAGUUCCUUCAAUAGAAUAAGAAAAGCUCAAACAUGUCAAACGCUCCUUAA